CGUCGGUCGUCCAUUCUCACCACGAGAAGAAGGUGAAACAAAGCGGCUGUGGCGUUAGUUGGUUGUGUGGAUCGCGCGUUGCAACAUAACUUCUUCCGCUCCUCCCGUGUAAUCCGCGUUCCUCGCUCGUACGCACGUUUUCAAGUAGCAGCCUUUUUCAACCCCCCUUCAUUCCUGUGUGGUACAAACACGCACACACUUCUAGCAAAUACGGGCGCGGACAGGUUUUUACUCCAGGCCAGUUUUAUCUCACAACGACGCACGUACAUUUCAACUCACGCAUUCGACGGCUACUACGACGACGACGACCGCAACUUCUUCUCAUUCUCACGCGCAUUGUGGCAAAGUAAUGCAACAGAAUUCGGAGCUUCUAUCUGGGCGUGCCAAGACCACCACCACACCAGUGUGCCGCCCAAUGUAAGCGACAGAAGCGGUGUUCAAGGAUAUAAAGAUCGCGCGCGCUUACACACAGUGACACAAGAGCUUAACAGCAGCGAGUCAAACUGCCGGUUUGCUGGUGGAAAAGGUGUAAAACAACCGACACAAGAGCGACUUGCAUUCAAUACCCAUCCAUUUGAUUUAGCCACCAUGAAGCGUCGGUCGCUGUCGGGCAAUUGUGGCGUUGGAGUGUUCGUGAUCGCACUGGUGACGAUACUGGUCGCGUUUGCCACACCGAGCUGGCUGGUGAGCGACUAUCGCAUCACCGGUGCCAAGCUCGAUCGGCUCGGCCUGUGGACACACUGUUUCCGGUCGCUGCCAGACGUGAACGAUGACUAUCAGCGCCGCUUUUUCGUUGGUUGCCGCUGGGUGUACGACCCGUUCACGACCGGAUACGACGAGAUCCGCGGAUUUCUCAUCCCACCUUUCAUGAUUGCCACACAGUUCUUCUACACGCUCUGUGCCAUAGGCAUAAUACUGGCGAUGGUGCUGGUGCUUCUGUACUUCCUGUGUGCCGGUCCAGAUCAAAAGUUCUUUGUCAAACUCAUCAAGGCAAUCAGUUACAUUACGCUGGCGGCAUCUAUCAGCGGCAGCAUCGGUGUGAUCGUGUUCGCCUGCUUCGGCAACAAGGACAAAUGGAUGCCGGAGCAUGCGAACAAUUGGUUCGGCUGGUCGUUCAUACUGGCCUGCAUCGGUGUCGUUGCGUGUGCCGUGUCAUCCUCACUGUUCUUUACCGAGGCGCACGUGCAGGCACGAAAACGGCGACAGCUGAAGGAAUCACAAACCCAGUUCCAGAUGGACAGUGAAUCGAAAGCAUAAUGUCACCGAAAAAGGCACCGCUGUAAAGUCUAUUUUACGGCACAAACUUCUUUUCAGCUUAGCAUAGCAGCAGUGCGCCUCCAAAACGAAUCACAUUCCAACAUCCCAUCGAUCAAUCGAAUUCAUCAUCGCGCAAAGUACAACAGUUAACAAAGGGGGAACGGUUCGUCGUUUUGACUUUAGCUGGAUGUUCCUCGGGCGAGGAAGAGUUUGCAUUUUCCCGGGGGUUUUAUGUUAGCGUUACUGAGCAAGUGUAACUAGUUUAGGGAAGAUUAGCGUUUGUUUGUCUAGGGCAAUCUCAAUCAGCGUUCCGUCCAAGCCGCUGUGCUGUACAAGUGUCUUCUACAUUUUUUUAAGAGAGAAAAAAAGCUAUUUUUUCUUAGUUUAGUGUCUUAAUUUUACGUUUCACUAAACACAUAUCCGUCCAACUUUUAGUAGUAUUAUCGACAAGAUUCUGUUUUAAAAAGCUAUUUCUACUUUUACGCUCGAAUCACACAGGACACGCCAAUAGAGGGAAUGUUUUUUUCUUUUAAAUCGAUAAAAGUUAAUUAAACGAACAAAAAGGAUGUUUUUUGUACGAAACAAUGAAAUGCAUUUGAUAAAUUUUACUAUUUAAAAACCACCAUAUCAACCGGUAAGCAAUGCAGCCACACAAAUUGCUUUUAAGAUAUGCACCACGUGCUGCAUUUUUACGCAUCGGUUUUCGAUUAUUUCAAUAUUUCACACUACAGUCCAUUUGCAAUUAACGAUUAUCAAAUUUUAACUGUUACAACGAAAAUCAUCAUUACAUGAAGCGGUGUUAAUAGUUGGGCCUUAUCAGAACUGUGAGUCUCAUAUACAAUGCUUGACGAUGCAUGUUUUUAUAUACAAUCAUCAUCAUGCUCGUGCGGCGAAAAUAACAAAAACAGAAAUAUGUAUGUAAUGUGUUCAGGGCAGGCAGGAGAAUUUUUAAGCAACAAUCAAAUUUACUAAGAAUAAAGAAAAUCAAGACGGAAUAAUUAGAUUUAUAUGAA